AAAAGUUCAAAAUAUUUAAUAUAAAACAAUACUAAUAUAAUAAAUAAAUAAAUAAAUGUUAACAGAACAUAAGUGAGACCAUGACAAAUAAACACGCGUGAGAAAAAGUGGAAACGAAACCGAAUCUAAACAAAUACUUAAGCUAUAGUGAACUUCCUAAUAAAUCUCGCAUACAGAAGCUCAUAUUGUGAAAUGUUACACACUGUUUUGCGGUGUUCUGCUUUUGUUCUCUUCUUAUUGCAUUUAUGGCGCCUGCCAAUUACUGCCAAUGCUCAGGAAAUACCUUCGAUUGCCUGUCCCAACUACUUCCAGUACCUCAACUAUGGUAACGGAUACAUCGGACGCAUUACACUGCCCUUAUCGAUGAGCAGCACUCGACUGGAUGUGCGCUUCUCGCAGAGAUAUCCGGUACAAUCGAAUUACUACGGCCGUUUAUCGCUCUUUGAAAGUCAGCAGACAACAUUGAAUAACUUGGCGCGUGGUCUUCCCAUUUCUUAUCGUGUGGAUUUCCCAUUUACUAAUGUGGUGCCAAAGUUGACGCGUAUCACCGUCAAUGGCGUCACCGUUUGCGCGGCAUCUGAGUAUCCCCCUCCAAGCACUGCUUUGGAUCUUCAGCAUACAUUGCAAACAGCAACUGUGCGCGGCACGAGUCCGCUCAAUAGUAAUUUUGACCCCGGUUUUCGCACCGAUGCAAAUUCAAUACCCACUCAGAUUGUUAAUCGCUUUCCACAGCAAACACAGCAAAUUAUUGGUCAGCAGCCUCAAGUUACAAGGGAAAGACCUGCGCCUAAUAACCCAUUCUUACAGCCAAGUACAAGGCGAACUCCAGCUCCUGCGGAUAAUACGUGUGGUGUAGAAGGUAUAUCUGCGACGCCGUUCAUUCACGGUGGUAUACAGAUUUCGCGUGGACAAUUCCCCUGGUUGACCGCUAUCUAUCAGAAGCUGUCAUCAUCUGGCUUGAGAUUCUUGUGCGGCGGCUCGUUGGUCUCUGCAAACACAGUCAUCACCGCGGGACAUUGCUUCAAGCUAAAAUCUCUCAGCGCCUCUCAGAUCGUCGUCUAUUUAGGCCGUCACAACUUGGACAAUUAUGGUGAGGCCGGCGCUGUCUCGAGGGAUAUACGCAAUUUGAUCAUUCAUCCCGACUAUAAUGGAAAUUCGCUGCCAGAUGCAGAUAUCGCAAUAUUACACAUGCAGUCAAGUGUUGCAUUUAGUCAAUUUAUUCGGCCCAUUUGCUUAUGGAGCGAGGCGGCGGACACUUCAUUUGUUGUUGGUCAAACAGCAUACGUUGCCGGCUGGGGUGCGGAUGAGAGAGGUCAUGAAGUGAGCGCGUUACCAAAAAUGGUUGACACGUCGAUCGUCAGCGACAACGAUUGUCUGCGUUCUUCGGAGGUCUUCACUAGAAUAACAACGCCACGCACCAUUUGCGCUGGUAAUCGUGAUGGUACCGGUCCUUGUAUGGGUGAUUCCGGGGGCGGCUUGAUGCUAAAUCGUAAUGGUGCUUGGAUGUUACGUGGCAUCGUAUCGGCCGGUCUUACUACACAGGGUCAAUGCGAUCUCAGCCAAUAUGUAAUAUACUGUGAUCUGGCGAAACAUUUUUCGUGGGUGCGAAGUAAUAUUUUGUGACAACGGGUUUUUGUCCGCCAUACGCAUGCACAACUGUGUCAUAGACUGCGAAAACUUGAGAAUUGAGAUUAUAAUAAUUAUACCAUUACCAGCUUAAGGUUUACAAGAAAAGUUUUUGAGUGGCGUCUAAGUGCGGAAGAGUGCCUUCGAAGCCCCUCCAAUUUCUGCAGGGAUAACAUUUAAUUUCUACUUUCAGCUUUACUAUAACACUCAGGUAUACAAAAAAAGUCAAAAUAUAGUACUUGAUAUAGUACUUCAGUCAAAAGUUUACAAAAUUUAAAAUAAACGAAUUUCAUAUAAAGACUA